UAACUCCGGGGCACCACAUUCUGCAUGUGCCGUGUUGGGCUCCAACUGCCACUACCAUUACAGACAGAGUCAGACAGCUGUUCCUUGGAGGAUCUAAUCAGCUACUUCAAAGUGACAUUAUAAAUCUUGGUACAGAUAGGUUUAAAUUGAAGACUCAAACUAAGGGAAACUUAGUUUUAAAUCUUGAUAUUGUGUUAAGAAAUUUCAAUCAAUUUGGUGUAGAAUAUAGGUGAACAUGAGAGGCAUUACUUACUGUGAUUUUGCUUUGGUGGUCAUUCUGGUACAAUUCAUAAUGGGCGAGUUUACAGAAGGAAAAAUAAAAGUCGACGCAGAUUCAAAUGAUCUCACAAUUUCUAGUCUAAAUGAUGAUGAACAACCUCAUGCAUUAUAUUAUCGAUCUCUAGCAAGUACUUUAGAAGAAUUAUCAACAACAGAAUAUCUUAAUGUGUCUCUAUUGCAAACUACAACAGAUACAACAAUGGACCUUACCACCACUAUUAUAGAUGUGCUGUAUGAUGAGAACACAUCUUUAGUAGGCACCACUGAUGUAACUUUUACUACCACAGAAUUUGAAAAUGUAACAGAAAUUAGUCUGUUUGAUAAUAAAAAUCAAACAAAUGUCAAACCAAAUAUCACACCAAAGAAUACUAUUAUAACUGAAGAUUGCAAUUGCAAUUUAUUGUUCAAAAUAUGUGACAUCAACUGUUGCUGUGAUAAUGAUUGCACAGAUUCAGAUUUGAAAAUGUUCAAAUGUGGUGAAAUUACUGAAAUAAACCAAGAUGAUUCAUGCCUUUCUCAUUUACCAUGGCAAAGGCAUUAUGGUAAUAAAGUUAUAGACUUGUUUUGUAUUGCCAAAACGAACUUACCGGAAAGACGAAAUAUAAACAGAGAAAAAAUUGACCACCAAAUGCUGGAUAGGGUUUAUAAAUGGCACUCUGAAGAAAAAGACCAAUCUCCUAAAACAUUCAAGAGGAACAUAUACAUAUAUGGUGAUCACGUGUGGGUGUUGAAAAAUGGGUCAAUCAAAUACAUGGAUUUACCAAUACCAGUGUUUAACGAUUACUGCACUGGAAGAAAACCAGUAACAUUUUUGAAAGAAGAAACAAUCAAGUGCAAUGUAAAAUUGAAAGACCUCGAAAUGUUCGAAAUUAUAAAAGCUUCUCGGGAAGCCACUCUCGUUAGCGUCAUUGCUUCUACUAGCAGUACCGCUACAUUGAACUGCUCAACACUGUACUGCACAAACUGGACUGUAGUUGUUUGCGAAGGAGCCGAGUGCGUCAAUUAUAACAAAAGUAUCCACGAACCUUCCUGUACAGAUAUCAAUUGUACAAAUCUAGCACUGGACUUUGACUAUAUCUUCUACUACCACGAUUCUAAGAUAUUAAACGCCACUAUAAAAUUAUACACGCGAAAGAUUUCAAGUAUAAUGCCUUUUAUGACUCAAAAGAUCAAUGUCAGAUUUGUUAUAGCGAAUGAAACAAUCUCGAACAUCGUGAGGUUGAGCGGGAAUCCCGGGUAUUUGGAUGGUUUGCCCAUCAUUGUGUCAUAUUUGAAAGAAAACCACACGAAGAACUUUUAUAAUAAUACUUCUCCAGAAAAAUAUAUUGUGCUUCCUGAAAAUCAUAAUGGAAUGUGCAAGAUCACAAAUAAUACUAAUAAACACCUCACAUUUAAUACUAUCAAAAGAAUUAAGUGUAGAUUUCAAUAUGAUAAGACAGUUAAAAUAUACAAUGACACAAAUGUUUGUAACGAUAUUAAUAAAGAUAUAUUGGGCUUAUUGGGCAUAAAUAAAAGUCCUUUUGUUUCUCCAUUUGGAAACCCAAUCAACCUAAACGACAAUGACUGGAUACCGUUAUUAAAUGAUGUUUUGAAUAAAGAAUCUAUUUAUGGGGAAUACAAUGAGAAACGAACCAAACUACAUUGUUACAAUAUGAUUACUGGUAUGUCUUAUAUUUUUACUUUUGCUGAUAUAGGGGAGAAUAACAAACAGAAGAUGAAAAUAUUAACUGGGAAGAUAAAUUUAGUGGCUGGAAAUGUCACAUUUAAUAUUGAAGAUCUUUCUAUGGUUUUGACUAUUGACACUAUGUAUAUUGAUGAAACCAAACCGUGUCUGUACGAGUAUGCCGCAGGCCCACAUUUAAACAUUCGUUUACCAAAAGAUUUCUUUUUCCCAUUCCAUGAUAACAGUUCCAAUAAUCUUAAAUGCAAUGUCGUAAUAAGUGUAUUUAUUGUGUUUAUUAUUCAGCAAAUAAAAUAA